AUGUCUGUGCAUAUAUAUACAAGAGAGAAUCGUGCAGAUUUAAAUAUGAUUAAUAAUUAUAAGAUAAAAGAAAAUAAAAUAAGAAGUAAGUUACAGGAAAUAGAGCAGGACAGACCGAAUAUUAUUUGCUGCAUCAAAAACAGAAGCGACACUAUGGGGGUUGACAGCCAUGGCCUUCCCGUACUAGAAAGGACCCUUCUUUCUAGCAUAGAGUUGGAAAAAAAAUAUUCCCUAUUGAUGGACCUAUAUAUGUUAUUAAAAGACACGUGUCAAUUCGUAAUAUAA